GCUUCUCGCAGAUCUGGAUCCUCUGCAUUUGCAGUCUCGCAGAUACUCGCAAGCACCCUCGUAAAAACCUCACCCUCCCGUACUCACACCUCAUGUGAUCCCAGGUCUGCAGUUCUGCACAGCCGAACACAAGAUCCAAAACCCCCCGCACGCUUUCCAAAGCAAAGCACUCUCUCGACAUCGCCCCACUCCAGGUCAACAGUCUCCACUCUCACUGGCUCGCAGUCGCACACACUCCCACGCCUCCGCGCUCCCGACCACCGUCGCCAUCAUCAUGCCACCACCCUUGCUCCUCCUCCUCCUCCUCGCCGCCGCCGCCGCCGCCGUCGCGCCCGCGCGGUCCAAGUCGACGCUGGAGUCCUGCUCCUCUUCCACCGCCUGCCCAGCGCUGCUCUCCUACACGCUCUACGCCGACCUCAAGCUCGCCGAGCUGGCCGCGCUCUUCUCCGCCGACCCGCUCGCCAUCCUCGCCGCCAACUCCAUCGACUUCGCCGUCCCGGACCCCGCCGACCGCAUCCUCCCCGCGGGGCUCCCGCUCCGCGUGCCCGUCCCCUGCGCCUGCUCCGACGGCAUCCGCAGGGUCACCACCGUGCGCUACGUUGCGCGCCCGGGCGACACGCUCGCCUCCGUCGCCUCCUCCGUCUACGGCGGCCUCACCACCCCGGACUGGAUCAGCGACUCCAACGGCAUCCUCGGCGCCAAGCCCGACGCCGCCGUCGACGCCGGGACGACUCUGUUCGUGCCGCUGCACUGCGCCUGCUUCGGCGGCGUCGACAACGGCCUCCCCGCGGUGUACCUCACGUACGUCGCCGGGAAGGGGGACACCGUCGCCGCAGUCGCGCAGAGGUACCGGACCACGGCCACCGACCUCAUGAGCGUCAACGACAUGGCCACCCCCGAGCUCGCCGCCGGUGACAUCAUCGUCGUCCCGCUGCCAGCGUGCACAUCAUCAUUCCCGGCGUUCACGGCGGACUACGGCCUGGCGGUGGCGAACGGGACCUACGCAGUUACUGCCAACCGGUGUGUCCAGUGCAGCUGUGGCCCAGGCAACUUGGACCUGUUCUGCGUGCCGGCGCCGCUCGCCGACUCGACGUGCUCCAGCAUGCAGUGCGCCAACAGCAGCAUGAUGCUCGGCAACUUCACUCUCCUCAUGACCAGCUCCGGCUGCAGCGUCACGUCCUGCAGCUACGGCGGAUUCGUGAACGGCACAAUUCUCACCACGUUAACCACAGCACUCAAGCCUCAAUGCCCAGGUCCGCAUCAGUAUCCUCCGCUGAUUCCGCCGCCGACGUCGUCCUUCUUCGAGACGUACCUCGGCCCUUCGCCGACGCCGAUGGCAUCCGAAGGAGGCGUCAUGGCCGGCAUGGCGCCGACGAGCACCCCGGCGGCGAGCUCCGGCCCUCCUCCGGCCGGCCGGCACGUCGUCGGCGACGUUCUUGGGGCGUUCGCUCUCUGCCUCGUCGGCAACCUGCUGUGGUAACAGAGCGGCUCUCGCCGUUGAUGCUACAUAAUUUUGUACAGAAGCUGUGGCCGGCUGUGUUUUUGUCGGGCAGCGUCGGGUUGUGCCCAAUUUUUGUUGCGUUCAUUCGAUUUGUCUGCCACUCACUCCUGUGGAAUGGCAAACACAAUUACAGAAGCGCAGAUCUCUCCAGCGCGGCUGUAAUGGUCCUGAAUUCCUGAUGCUAUUGAGAAUGUGAGUACCGAGUAGUGUGCUUUUUAUCGACGCUUUUUACUGUACCUUCUACUACUGAUAUGCUUUUUAGGGCACCCACAAUGGUUAUUUAUAAACUCUCUACA